AUGUCCAGCAGCGGCGACGCCAUCACGACCGAGGACUAUGGCAAUGUGGCGCUGCUGUACGGGAAACUGGUGGCGCAGGUCUUCUCCACGCUCACGAGCGCGUUCGUGGGCACGCGUCACAUCCUGCAGGUCGUGGCGCUAAAGAAGGAGAUUCGCGCUAGACGCCAACUACAGACGCCCAUGCUGGCAGCCGCUGAUCACCGACGGCGUUAUACAGGACGCAACUGUGAUCCUGCGCCUCCUACAGUCUUGAAUCUUUCGGACGGUGUGCCUCUUUCGAGUCAACAGAGCGGCCGCACCAGUGGCACACAGUCGAAUGCGUCAGAGGAAUACAGACGCAACCGCCAGGCCUCGUUUCUCGUAAGGGAAAGAGAGAAUGCGCUUUACGCACCCAUAGGCGGGCCAGAUCUUACGACAAACGAGAGCGACGACGAUCGCCCGCGAGUCUCCGUGGCGUCGAGGAUUCUACGCGUUAUGUGUAUCACAGACUUCAUCUUCUCCUUAUCCGGCGCCGUCGUGACGGCUGUGGAGCUCUGGGCGCCCGCAGCUGGCAGUAGCUUCCAGCUUACGUUCUGGGCUCAAGCCCCACACUGGUGCUCCCAGGUCGCCAGUUUCUGCUGGGUCGCCACCUUGGCUUUAUACAUCGCCAAGCACAGGAACCGAGCGAGUUUCGACGUCGCAAUCGCGCACGCAAUUAUCUGGAUGGUCGUGGUGUUUUAUUGGGUUCUAGAGCUCUAUUCGAGCUACUACGAGACGAAAGGCUUCGUGAAUGCCGCUAAAAUCAUCUGGAAAGUUAUGGCAGUCGGCUGCUUCCUUAUCAUCACCUUCUGCUGGCUGAAUUUCGCAAGACGGUGGAUGAAACAGGAGCGACGCAAAGGCGCUUACGUGGUGUCCAAGCUGGCGUCCUAUACGCUGGCGUUCUUCGUGUUCGUGGGGCCAAUUGUAGUCACCGACUUGGCUCUUGGUCUACACAGUUCGGGCGACGUCAUGGACACGUGUUCGGUGAUUCUAGCCAUGUGGCCCUUUGUGAACGCCGUCAUUUACCUCACCAAGCCGACGCUGUGUCUUAAACUCUUCCAGUCCAAGCCAAGCCGAGGUCAACAUGGACAAUACGACUCCGCUGAUGGACAAGGGAAUGGCCUCAACCGACUGGGAAGUCGACGCUUUAUGAGUGCCGGUAAUGGGUCCGCAGGUACUGCGAACGGUAUGGGAGGUGGCAAUUCUGGUGACACAGGGCAGAAGCUGCUCAUGUCGCCGUCGCAUCACGAGCUUAAGGGCCUAGAAAUCGGCGAUAAGAUCGGUGAAGGUGUGGCUGUGGUUUAUCUCGGUAAGUGGCGUGGGGCUAACGUCGCAGUGAAGAUGAAAGCGGUGCUGGCAGCGCUGGAGAGUGCAGCGGACCUUGCCGAGUUCCAGCACGCCUGUAACGUGGAGAUCCAGGCCGAAGCUGAAGUCAUGCGAGGCUUGUGUCACCCGAACAUCGUGUUGUUUAUGGAGGCUGGCUUCUAUCGAGGCUCGAUCUGUAUUAUUUCAGAGUACUGCGCUCGUGGAUCGUUGCGAGAUGUACUGAAACAACAAACGCCUGAUGUUAAGAACCUGAAUUGGCCAACGAAACUGCGUCUCGCACUGGGAAUUUCCCAUGGGAUCCAGUAUUUGCACAAUGCCAACCCGCCUAUGAUCCACCGAGACUUGAAGUCUCCUAACGUACUGGUGGAUGACUCGUGGCAUGCCAAGAUCGCGGAUUUCGGUACACUUCGCUUCUCAGAGAUUGUGUCAUCGGCAGCACAACUGCAGUCGUCUCAGAUCAACAAACCCAGGAGCUCAGCGAAGGUUCCUGUGGUGGAGAUGACGGGACUGGUGGGUACUACGCGCUGGAUGGCACCAGAAGUGAUGCGAGGAGAGCGCAUAUACACGAGUAAAGUGGACAUCUACAGUCUCGCACUUAUCUUGUGGGAGCUGAUCGAGGGCAAAUUGCCGUUUGAGAACACGCGAUGGAACCACGAGGUCGAGGACUUUGUGCUGAAAGGAGUUCGUCCUAAUAUCCGUGCGGAUCUCUGUCCACUGCGUUGGAAGCUGCUGAUUGUCACGUGUUGGCAAGCAGACCCGAGAGAACGACCGACUAUCCAGCAGGUUAUCAACAGUCUGCAGCGUAUUGGACGUGAGGAAGUGUGGGACCCCACUGGGCCUCGGUUUACAGGCGUUAGUCAGCUGGGUACGUCGAUGUCUUCUUCCAUGUCGCAGUCCAUGUCGUCGUCCUACCUCGAGUCGCCCCCUGCUGGGCCUAUUGGACGCAACUUCAGUCGACAUCCGGCUGCUCUGGACGAGAACCAUGAGAACGAGUCGGACUCUGAUGCGGAGAGCUUUGCAGAAGAGUUCUCGUACGUCCCAACGCUCGAUUCGCUCGCGUCUCCGGCCAUUCUGGGGGCGUCUGACGCUAGUUCCAAGAGCUCCAAGAGAUCACGUUCGAGAUCACGUCACGGCUCCAUGGAGACGUCUGCUAGCAGUCGCUUGAGUUGUGUGAGCACAACGAGCAGUACUGUGAGUAUGGGCGUCAACGACAGCGGCUACUUCGGCUCCAGUGGCCCUGGCAAGGACCCAAGCGCGAGUUCUAUCAGUGUUGGCACUCUCCAUGGCAGUACGAGUUCGUCAAUCAGUGGUCGCUCUCUGGGGGGGACGCCCAAGAUCAAGAAAAAGCGCCCCGAGUGGCGACGUCGCACCGACACCAUCCAGGAGAUGCAGCCGACGGAUCUAAUCAACGCGCCGCCGCACACGUUUGUCGAGUCUUCGCCGAAUGGAACGCCAUUCAUCGUCAAUAUUUAA